GACCCAAAAGAAACACCUCAACAGUUUCUCCUACGUUCCCUUGACUUGAGAAAUAAAGUAGGCUUUGCAAGUAAAGAGUCUGAUUGUGAAGUUCAAUAUGAUGAACCACUUAUUCAGAAAACAUUCAUGAAGUCUUUCGAGACAGGGUUACGAGACGAUAUUUUGGCGGCAAAUUUACGUCCCAUUUUGCGGUUACCUAGUUUAUCUGACAAGGAAUUAAUGAAAAAUGUCAACGAAUUGGCAUCUCACCAAGCUGAGAGGCAGAGUAAGCUUGCAUGUGAAAGGCGUUCUGCCAAGGUUAAUGCGUGCGAAGUGGACGGUGCGGAAAUUAAAAUGCGUAAAAAUGGCGGAGAUAAUGAUAAAAUUUUGGCCGAGAUUCGAGAGAUCAAAUCUGACCUUGAGAGUUUAAAAAAACAAGGCAGCAACGCUAAUGCUAAUCGGGAAGUAUCGUCAGGCGGUCGGAAAUUCCCGAGGGAAACACGAUACCGUGGUAGAGGGUGUCUAGCGUGUAAAGAACGGAAAAUUGGCGGCACGUGUCAACAUUGUUUUGCCUGUGGCGAGUUUGGCCAUAUUGCGUCAGAGUGCGCGAAAAAUUUAAAGGCUCAGGGAAACGAGUACCGGCAACCCCGCCGUCGGGACAGGGUCUAG